UAUUGGCUCAUCCUCUCUUUGCUAAUCUCUAUAUAUGGAGAUACAUUUCUUCUUUGCUUCUUCAUAAUUAGAACAAUUCCAAAGAGUGCAGAUAUCUCUUAGCAAUUAAGAAGUCUCUUCUCUUGUCUAAUGGCAUCAUCUCAAAGUCUUGCGCUUUCUUUUCUUUUAGUUCUCUUGUUGGCUUUCUCUCUUGUGGAGUCUCAAAUGGAGAUAAGUGGAGGGAUUGGACGGUCACUUUUAAUUGCUAAGCCAACGUUAGAUUGCGGAGGAGCAUGUAAAGUGAGAUGUAGUAAAUCAUCGAGGCCGAACCUUUGCAAGAGAGCUUGCCGGACUUGUUGUAUGAGGUGUCACUGUGUGCCUCCAGGGACAUAUGGGAAUUAUGCCUUUUGCCCUUGCUAUGCUACCCUUACCACCCAUGGAGGUAAGCGCAAGUGCCCUUAAACUUAAGAGGAUGCAUGAACCCUAAAUUUUAUAUGAUGAUCUUCUUGAGAUAUAUACGUGUGUGUGUGUGUGUGUGUGUGUGUGUGUGUGUGUGAGAGAGAGAGAGAGAGU